GCUGACGAGCACGGGACGUGACGUCACCAGGUGUGACUUCGACACGGGAUCCGAGAAAGAGAAAGACGAGUUUAUUUAUUUAAUUAUUUUAAAAACUGAUCAAAAUCGGAGUCACAUUGUCGUUUAAUCAAAAACGAUACAUAUCGUCAGAUUGUAAUGUUUUAUUUCGCGUGAACGUGAACGCAUCGUUUAGUUUGUGUUUGCGCAGCAGAGGUUCGUGAACGUCUCUCAUGGAAGCUGCAGACGGUCAGCGUGGGGUGCCGCGGGACAGUGGCGGUGCUCAGAGACGCUCCCCGCUCGACGUCAUCAUGAGUCAGAUUCGCCGUAAACGUACAGCCUCUGACAGGAAGCCACUGGGACGCUUCCUGUCCUGGUCCUCAGAGCGGACGAGGAUCCCUGAGGAUGGAGAGUCUGAGGCCAGAGAGGACAGAGGACAGAGAGGACAGUGCUCAGGUGUGGUCAAAGCAGCAGAGGAAGAAUGCGACAGUGGCUGGGGUCGAGUUCGUGUUUUCCUGCAAAGGCUCGGGAAGAAAGCGGACAGCAGUGUUCUCAGUGUGUCUCACUGUGACCUGACCGCUACUGACCUGCUGGAGCUGGCGACACUGCUGCAGUUCCUGCCUCAGCUGGAGGACGUGGAUGUCUCAUGGAAUGACCUGAUUGGCGGCUGUCUCACCACACUGACCUCUCACCUCCAUCAUGUGGGCGGGGUCAGGUCGCUGAGGCUGUGCAGCUGCAGGCUGAGCGUUGAUGACAUCACUGGGCUGGGCGAAGCUCUCGGCUGCAUCCCAUUUUUGGAGGUCCUGGAUUUGUCUUGGAACAGUGGCAUCGGUGGCAGAGGAUUACAAGCCCUGCUGGGUAAACUUCUACCACCACUGAGGGAGAUGCACCUGGUGGCCUGUCAGCUCACUGCAGCUGAUGCUGCUGCACUGGGAGGAAAGUUGUCUUCUCUGCCCAGACUCUGUGUGUUGGAUGUUUCCUGUAACCCUCAGCUCACACAGGAAGUGGAGGGAGGCGGCUUCAGAGAACUAGCCGCCUCCCUCUCUCACGCCACCUCCCUGACGACGCUUCGACUGCAUGCGUGCGGCCUGACGCCAGACUGCCUCGAUGCUCUGGGUGGUUCGCUCCGUUACCUCCCCUCAGUGCGGGAGUUGGACGUGUCCUGUAACAGGGCCGUGUCGGGAGGACUGAACCUCCUCACCUUUCACCUGGCUCACCUCACACACCUGGAGAUCUUCGACGUCCACCUGUGCUGCCUCACACACGCAGACCUGGAGGCCCUGAUCCAGGUGCUCCCGGCUCUGACAGCACUCACAGAGCUUGAUGUAUCAUCCAAUAAGGAGGCAGGGGGCGUAGUCCACCUGUUAGUCUCCGCCCUCCCGCUGACACAGAUGAAGCGUCUCCCGCUGAACAGCUGCAGCCUCAACCAGGAAUCGCUCACUGCUCUGGCUCAGAUUGUGCCAUCCCUCCUCGGCGUGGACGUGUCCUGGUGUAAAGCGGUAGGUGGUCGCUCGUCUCUGAUCCUCGACACCCUUCAGCCGUCAGUCAUCGCUGCGCUCCGCCUCAGCAGCUGUGACCUCACCACUGAUGACCUGCGUCACCUAGCGUCCGUCUGCAGACGUGGUUGUCUGUCGUCUUUGAAGAUCUUGGACCUCUCCUACAACUCCUCAGUGGGUGAUGAAGGUUGGUCCACUCUCUUUGAAGCUGGAGGUCUAGGCUUGCUGGAGGACCUGGACCUGAGCCUGCGACCUUUAACCUCGGCCUCCUGCUCGGCCUGGCUGCCAGCGCUGCUGCGAGCUCUGCCCACGCUGACGGUUUUGACCCGGCUGUCUGCUCAGCGCUGGACGAUGGGCUCUCAGGAACGACAGCAGCUGAGUCAGUGUGUGAGGAAGAGUAAGCUGCUGCUGGAGUUUGAUCCAGAAAUAAAAGACGUGACAUCAUUGUGUAAGAGGACCAACCAGCAGAGAGCAGAGGAGUGACCUGCUCAUGUGACCGACUCCUCAUACAGUGACUCAGCAGAUCAUGAAACAACACAGUAAAUACCAACAGGAAACUGAA